GUCAUCAACUUGCCAAAAAAAGAAUUUCACCUCGACAUUAGUGGUUUUUGUGAAGAAAACAUUGUUUCAUUGAAACUUAUUAUUUUAGACUUGUUUUUCUUCACCUUUCGUUCUAUAACAUACAAUGGGCGUAGACGUUGAAACUAUUUCUCCUGGCAAUGGCUCUACUUAUCCUAAAGCAGGACAGACUGUGGUUGUUCACUACACGGGGACGCUGCAGAGCGGGAAGAAGUUCGAUUCUUCAAGGGAUAGGGGCCAGCCCUUCAAGUUCACUCUAGGCAAAGGCGACGUGAUUAAGGGUUGGGACCAAGGAAUUGGGAAAAUGUCCGUUGGGGAACGAGCAAUGCUGACCUGCACUCCAGACUUUGCCUAUGGCUCCAGAGGCCACCCUGGUGUCAUCCCGCCAAAUUCCACCUUGAUUUUUGAUGUAGAACUUUUGCGUGUUGAAUAAUGCAUUUAUUUUAUUUUACUUAUUAAGCAGUUAUAAUUAAAUAAGUCUGUUAUGUUGCUGCAUUUAAUAUUACAAGAUUUCACAAAUUUAAAGACUAAACCGCAUCUUCCAUAGAUGGUUACUUGCUUUGUUAUGCAUAAGAAAACUUUUAUAUUUGUGUAAUGUAUUUAUUGAAAAGUUUUUUCUAAAAUGUUGAUGCCACAUGAUUGAAUGUCAGCCACACAAUGUUUUGCAGGUGUAUUGCAACAAUGUGCAGAUGUUUCAAUAUAAUGUUGUAUAGAUAUAAUGUCACAAUAAUAUUGUGCAUCAUAACAUUAUCAGAAGAGCGGCAAGACUUUAAUUUUAUUUAAAAUCUAUCUCAAAGUAGUGAAGUCCAUAGCGAAGCAGUGAUGUUCACUUUCACAAAACUUUCAUUCUUUUCCAUAUGGAAUAAAAAUUUAGUAAAAAUAAUUAAUUCAAAUGAUUCCCUGAUGGAGAUUGUUGUGAUUUUAUAAUAUGCAUUAAAAUUAUAUGCUACAAGAUGUCGAUUCAAAUCCGGCCGGAUCAUAGGAAUUCUUUUCUAAGUGUUCUCAGAUCUUUGUAUUAAUAAUUAUAACUAACUAAUGGACUAAUUUCAUAAAUAUCAA